UAGAGCAGAUGAGCGCAGAAUAUUUAGGCGAGAGCGCGAGGAGGGGGGAGCGCGGGGCAGGAGGAGUAUCUCGGCCGAGAAAAUUAUGCAUGCGUUAGGGAAGCUCUGAGAGAAUGGCUGUGGAAGCUCUCCACUGUGGCUUGAAUCCGCGGGGUAUUGAUCACUCUGCCCGGGCUGAAGGCAUUAAACUGCAAAUUGAAGGGGAAGGUGUUGAAUCUCAGUCCAUUAAAAACAAAAAUUUUCAGAAGGUGCUUGACCAAAAAGGAACCCCCAAGCGACUGCCAACAGAAGCUGAGACGGCUAAGUCGGCUACGGUGAAGCUGUCAAAACCAGUGGCUCUGUGGACUCAGCAGGAUGUCUGCAAGUGGUUGAAGAAACAUUGUCCGAAUCAGUAUCAGAUCUACAGUGAGUCAUUCAAACAGCAUGACAUUACUGGGCGAGCCCUGCUGAGACUUACUGACAAAAAGCUUGAGCGGAUGGGGAUUGCCCAGGAGAACCUCCGGCAGCACAUCUUACAACAGGUGCUCCAGCUGAAGGUGCGAGAAGAAGUCAGAAACCUACAGUUACUCACACAAGCCUCCACCGAAGGUUCUCCAUAAAUGUGGUUAGCCUUCCAAGCUGCUGUCCUGCCAGCUGAUAUGAACAUGGCCUGUUCCUCACGGAGAGACUAACUCAUGGCACUGCCCGAAGAUAUCCAUGGAGCAUUGACAGAUUAACCAGAUUAACUGACCCAUUCAGUCAAGAUUAUGGGCUUUGGAAAAAUCUUAGUUUGCUGUGGAUUUUAAAAUGAGGUGCAUAAUAUACAGUGCCAACUGGUUCCAAGUGGUCAUUGGCAGACCACUAGCUGGAAAAUUGCUUCCAGUUUUCAUCACUGUGCAUAACUCAAGCUCCCUUCAGGAAGCUGUCUGUGCCCUUCACUAGAAGUCCUAUUUUAGCAUGGCAACUACUGGAUUAUUUUAUUAUGUGUGCAGAUGGCAUGAUGUGUUAGAAAAAAAAUCACAGCAGUUCUGCAAUCUCAGUGGAAGUGUUCACAAUAUUCUGCCCUGGUAGGAAUGUAAACAUGUCUUGAUUACGUUAGUUAUGGUGUCUUAAAGGUGUUCUGUCCAACUCUUAAGCACUUUACCUGAGAACACUACACCAAAACGAAUCAGCAUGUUCAGUACAUGUGGGAAAAGCGAGUAUUCUCUUUUUUUUUUUUUUUCUUUUAUAAAUCUCAUCCUUGUUCUGGCUCAGACUGUCCAAGACAAACUCCACGCCUAGCAUAUCCCCGGUCAUUUGUGGUAGAUUGGUGUAAACAUGGCCACAAUACUGUUAGACUUAACCUGUUGACACUUUACUCCACCAACUGGAUUUCUUGCAGUGCCAAAGGGAAGUAGAAGGGGGCUGGUAGUUGAAGUAUCUUAGCUCUUUGUUCCUAAGCUGGGAACCGAGGCACAACGUAACACAUCCACAUACAGAUGAACCCAGGAGGCUUCUAUGUGGCUGGUGUACAUGCUCUCUCCUUCUAUAGAAGAGUGUUUUCAAUGGAGAAAAGAGAUGGCUUUUUAGUCAAAGACCAUGGUGGAUUGAGGGUAAGGAGAGAAGAAUGCAGUUUUCCUGUGUUGGUCUGGCUUUACGACUUUAGGAGACUUUCUAGGUCAAGUUUAAAUCACAGCUCUCUGAAGAGGGGAGACAACAGGUGUCCCCCUGCGUGCCUAAGGAAGGGGAAGGGCCCGAUUCAUACUAGGUUCCUACCUCCAUAGAGAACCGACUAGUCCCUUUUAAUCCUUUCUGGGAUUCUAUCCACAAUUAAUUAUUUUUUUUUACUACAUCUUACAACAAAGCACAGUCCUAGGAAACUGAUCAACCCAGUUAUUGCUUGUCUUUGGGCAUUAGAGAGAUUUCCAUAUUGACUGACCCUACACAAUACUUUAGCUUUGUUUUCCCCCUUGAAAAUAUAAACUUGGCUGAAUAAAAAAUUCAGCAAAUAUAUUCUGUGUACUCACAAUCCCAAUCUGGGACUGACAGGUACCAGAGACUUUCCUUUAAAUAUGCAUAACAACCCUGGGACCCUGCCAGUACAAGUAAAUUUGGCAUUUUAGGAGGGGGUCUCCAUACAAGCACUCAUGAUCUGCUCUCCCUUGGGGCGGGGGUCUCAGGAAAUGCACAACACAUUGGAAAAUACCCCCACCUGAGAUCAGGAAAGUUGACAGGGGAAGGGAAAGAGAACCGAAUGUGAUUCGGGUGAGUCACCUCAUAGGAUGACUCACCACAAACCUGUCAAGCUGUUAUUGCCAGAGAAAGGGGCUUUGGAGAGGGAGCUCAGAAGAGUUUUCAGUCACCAUCAAGAAGAUCUGGCCUUAUGACAGGUCAGCACCAGGACUAUCAGGCUCUCACAGACCCUAAUUCUUUACAAAUCCAGAAUGAGGCGGCCAAACCCUGGCUGUCCAUACCCCUGGAGAUAACAUUCCAAACACUACUGCCCACCCCCUGAGUUUCAAUUCCAACAGCAGGGCUUCCUUCUUCUUUCAUUCUUUCUUUUAUUUAGAAAGGAUUUGUGGAGCACCUACUACGUGCCAAGCAUUGUGUUGGGGUAACAACAGAGUACGAGACAGACUCCCCAUGCCCUUCUGGAACAGUAUCUCCUCCCCCUAGACACUGCCCCCAUCUUGGCUUUUCCACAAUGGAAACACAAUUCAGACAGCUUUCCCCACUUCCAGAGUAACCUCACAAAAUGCACAAGGCAGCAGGCUGUUCCAUUGCCUGUGGAAGUAGACAGUGGAGGAAGUGGUAGUAGGCAGCAUGAGGCCACAUAUUUGCAUCCUUGUGUACAUCAGACCCUUCCCAGGCCCAGACUUAGCUGGUUAGAGCUUCCCAAAGCAGCUUUCGGUUGCUUUCCUGGAUGUUCACCUUGGUCAUCUGUAUUCCCAUCCUUUACACAGGCACCAACAUUGGUCAUUAUGCCAGAUUUUCUGAAGCUACGGUUCUCAGUAUAGUUCAGGGGACCCAGAAUAGGGCCUCCUGAAUCCAGAAGAACGACUGUCAGGUGCUGAGAUACUGUAGCUGGGAAUUAAUUGGUUUAUUAAUUCAGGGUCAUUCUGAGACUGUGGCUAACAACCUUGGAAAACUGGAUACGCUUUAUGGCACAGUCAGUCAUUAAAUGAUAGUGGUUCAUCCUUUCUUUGGCCUUCGUAAAAUAUGUUCUGAACAAUUAAAUAAGUAGAGUUUCCUAGCCUCUUUUUUUUUUUUUAAUGUAGCUACAAGUGUGCUGACAGAUUAUGAAAAGGUGACAGGUAAGGGUGGAGAUGGGAAAAGGCAAAAUUGAAGAUGAUGAAAGAACCCAGUUGAAGAUGGCAUCUCUAUAAAUGCCUUAAUUCCCAGCACACCACGUUAUUUGCCUAUGAGCUAUGACUGUUUUCCAAACUGUGGACCUCAUUAUGAAAUCACUUGGGGGGGGGAUAGUUUUGGAAACGUGGUGGCAUAAAAAAUCUGAGCAUUCCCUUGCUAACCGGCAAAAUGGAGACACGAGUUCCUUCACAGCCUCCACAUUCUUCGCCCCAUGUUCAUCCACCAUUUCCCGCCAUUACUUCCUGCUGUGCUCUCCCUUCUUCCUGAGAUGUGUGUAGGAACUUUUUCCUCCCAGAAGUUCAGGAAUGGCUGUGGGGAGUUUUGUUUCAGUAGGCAGCAGGAGACCAGGAGGUAAAGGAUAAAUAUUUUGAUGUCUAAGGGCUAUAAACUGUUGAUGCUUAACUUUUCCUGUUACUUAAACCUCUGCUACACUUUUUAUUGAAAGGCUGACACCCACACUUGUGCGGGGAAAGACACUCUUGGGAAUGAUGAGAAAUGAAUAAUUAUCAGACUCUCUGGGGUGCCAAGGGGAUUAGCUUGUUCCAGCUUCAGAACGAAUUUAAAAUGCAGAGCAUCAUCCGUGGUUCUGCUAGGGUGAAAAAGCAAAUCACUUCAGUAGUUUAAGACAUACCUAGGGGAUAGAGAUCCUAUAAACUUUCUUAUGGGUAAUGGCGGCCCUUCAGCCCCCUGCUCAGGCUCCGUGAGCUGUGUAACUGCACAUUUGACUUCUACCUCCAGAAUGGGGGAAGCAACCCCGAGUUCUCUCCCAAGUCACUUCUCAGUUGCAGAGACAGAUGUUAACAGUCCUCCGUUCUGAGGAGAUUCUUCCAUUUUUAGCACUCAAGGGGAGAAGGACUAUCAACCGUACUCACAAAUAUAAAAGAAGGAUAGAAACCUCUAAUGGAUUUACCCCAGUGUUACGUGCAAAGGCUUCCUUUGUCUGCAAAUGCCACAUGAUUGAUUUUGGAUAGGAACAAUAAAAGUCUCUGGGAAGAAAAGUUUUCACGACCCCCUUAGUACUUUAGCUUUACCUAAACCUCCUCUUCCCUGUGCCAUUAGCUGCUCCAUUCUUUGUGAUGUUUUCCUCUACAUUCUUUAGAGUAAUUUUGUUACUUGACAACUAGACUUAAGAUUGCCAUAGACUCUUUUUAAAAAUCUAAUCUUUGAAAAUGACAUAAAUUCUUUUAUGCCUUAAAGGCUGUUUUUAUUCACCUCUCCCACAACCCUUUCCACCCCAUUCUUUUGCUUUUUUUUUUUUAAUCUCUUCUUUUAAUACAAUUCUUUGGGUAGAUUUUGAGUAUUCUAUAAAGAACUCAAACAGAAAAACUUAACCGUCUCCUUUUUCCCCCAAUACUGACUAAUAAUUCCUUCUUUUUUUUUACCAUUUUAUUUUUAUUUAAUACAUUGAUUUGUCCUUUUGUGGUUUUCUUUUUUUCAAAAUAAUAAAUUUAUUUUUUUAUUGGUGUUCAAUUUGCCAUCAUACAGAAUAACACCCAGUGCUCAUCCCGUCAAGUGCCCCCCCUCAGUGCCCGUCACCCAUUCACCCCUACCCCCCCCGCCCUCCUCCCCUUCCACCACCCCUAGUUCAUUCUUAUGCUUGACGUUGGUGAGGGUUCGCUGCCCAAACAGCAGUGGGAUGUGGAUUCACAUCUCUAGGGAGUGGCUGGUCAAAGCUGCUAAUCAAAACAGAACCCAUGAGAUUGUGAGGGAGGACAGACCAGGAGAUGCUUCUGCACAGGGCACAGCUGGGGACUCUACUUCAAAGACAAGGAGGUCCUGCUCCUUUGUUUCUUAAGAUCUCACCUAAUCCUGUAGCCAGAGAACUGCCUCAUGAAUUCUCCUUUAUCAAUAUGCUUGAUUCCUUGGCACCACUGCAUAGUUUCCAGGUCAUACAGAACCACAUUUCCAUUAUUUUGCUCUGGUGACUUACUCUUGUGGGGAGACAGGGACAUUCUUUUGAAAGCUAAUCACCUGUGGGCAGCUUGAGAAAAAGUUGGCCAUGUGCACAGAGAGGUUCUUCCCCACCUUAAUAAACAGAACAAAAUAGAUCCUUCCCUGGAGAUUCUUAUAUGGGAAGGUGCUAGAGGGAUGUAUCACGCUGGUUCUCUUCUGGCCAUCAUUUUUGCCCUGCAGGGAAAAUUCUGGAGGUAGGGGGUGGGAGGAGUGCAGAGCAUCAUUCCUAAGAUCUAGAAAUUUAAAGAUGAAAUUCACCUAUAGGAUAAAUGCAAAGGGGAAGUGGCAGUGAGAAUGGGAUCAGUUUUAGACCUUCUGCCCGAUAGCACAAAGACUGACAAAUGACUUCCACAGAACAGCAGAAAAUGCGUGUUAAAGGCUUUGCAAGAUUGGAGGUUUAUGCACCUUGUAGGGCUAUUUUACAAUCUUGAAGAGCCCCAAGCAUUCUUACUUCAGAGCCUCCCUUCUCCAAUUACAUCAAGCACUAAAAGGAACCAACAACAUACACCUAAUAACAUUUCAAAGUAACCCUAUGACUUGCGCUGAAUUGCAGUUGACUCGUUGACAUAAUAAGUGUUGUAGAUACAGUCUUUCUGAUUAUACAUUAUUCUUUUCAUAUUUUGGAGCCAGUGGUUCAGGGGUUUCAUUUCUUUAAUGGCUUGUUUGGUUGCUGUUGUUGUUCCAAACCUCCAACAUUUCCAGAAGUCUUAGAAAGGCUCUUAAACCCAGGCCUUUCUGCCUCAAGUACAGAGUGAUAGAAACAGCCCUACUGAUAUGAAUGACACAGAGACUGUGACAUUAAUCCAGCUGGAGAGGCUAACACCCAAAACACUGAAGACACUGAAGCCUCUGCUGGUUGCUUUCUGCAUUGUUUAAAACCUUUUACAUUUCAGUUGUUUGGAUCAAAGGAAGUAAACGGGCUGCUCUCCACUUGGCUUUGCCCUGUUAGGGCACACACAUAGCUAUCAAAUGUAAAAUUCUAAACUGGGUUGAUAUGCAAGAGCUCACAGAUCUGUUAUGUGUGAUUGUAUUUAAAUACCAUUCUCUCCAAAUUCUAUAAAAACAUAUUCAAGAGCUUAACUCUGUAAAAAAAAAAAAAAAAAAAAAUCCAAAACAAGAAAGAUUCUUAUUAGGUCAUUAUUUGUCCUGCAGUGGGGGAACUGCUUUUGUGACAUAGCUUUGAAGAAAUACUUGCUUGCCAUUAAAUGCGAGUGGCUGGUGGUUGCUCUGUUCCACAAACUGAUGGUGGGCUUCUCCCAUCCGCAGAGGAAGUUGGCCUGCCCAGCCUCACCCCCAUUCCACCCUCUCUCAAGAUAGCGCAAGGACCAUGAAGACACCUUUUGAAGCUCUGGAUAGUCUCCCUAUUCAUGCAUAAUUUCAAGAAUAUGAUUUGGGUUGAGCACUGCCAUGGUCUUUGAUUAUGUGACCCCUAAAUCAAUUAGAAUUUUAUAUAUAUAAAUUUCCAGUAUUUUUUAUUGACCACCAUCAACUGCCUUUAGUGCUUUGCAUUGGGAGCUGCCUGCUUAUUCUCUGGUAGCUUCAAACAGUCCCCAUACCUAUUUCCCGUACAGGAGAAGGACUGAGAAUGUUUUCCCACACAUCAACUGCAGAAGUUUUGAAGCAUGUGACCAGGUUCUUUUUCACAUCAACAGGCCCCUGUUUGUAGGAGGUAAACCUAAAGAGAAUUGGGUCAGAUUGGGGGGGGCUGGGGAGAGGCUGGGGGGUCACAUACUGGUGUUUGAACACUGGAAACUGUCUUUUCCAUUGUAAUGCAACUCUCAUCUCCAGUCACUAGAAAAGAGAAGCAUUAGCCUCUUCAGUGAGUGUUGGCCACCCUGGGGGUAGUUGGGGUUCCACUUGCUUAAACUCACACAUAGACAAUUUGAAGGUGCUCUGGGAAGUCUGAAUGGCAUGUCCACCAUUAUCUUUUCCCCACCAAAAGAAAAAUGCUAUCCCUUCAAGGCCAUGUUUGAGGAGACCAAGGCUUGGCUAGUGAAGUUCACACUGCUGAACUGAAUAAUGUUAGGCUCUUGACUUUGCACUGUAAAAGUUUCAGUCAUGAUUGGCACAGAAGCAGCUAGUCUGUUGAAAAGCCAAGCCAGCACAAAUGUUUGAAACUAAUUGCACUGAAACUCUUGUGCCAUUAAGCCAUACUACUGUAGCUCCAAUUAAUCCAACUAUUUAAUAUCAUUAGCCACUAAAUUAAAUAGCUGCCCCCAAAACUUUAGAGAAGAUCAAUAUUGUAACAAAAUUACUUAUUAGCAGUAAAAAGUACUUGAGAAAAGAAAAUAUUGAUCUGUUGUGGCUUAUGUAGUUGAGUUAUUCUUAGGACUUUGUGGAUCUGGCACUGCUCUGAGAAAGGGGAGGAAGAGGUUUUGAAUUCAAGAAUACUUGGAUUCAACAGAAAUUGCCAGUCUCUCUAGGCUUCUGCUCAUCUGUCACCUUAGCAGGCUGGAAUGUUUGCAAGCUAAAUAAAAGGAGCUAAGGGGAGGUAUUCCAUACCACUAAUAUAUGUGCAAUUAUCACAGGGACCUGGGCUUUACUUGUGAGCCCUUUCUCUUUAUGCUUUCUCCUUGUAGCUGGUACUACUGAGAGCCCAUCCUGGGAUUAGAAAAGAAAAGAAAGAGUGAAAAGAAAGUAACAAUCAGCAUUUUGCAUAUAUACACACAAGCUUUAUCUAAUGUAUGGGGACCAGUCUGCAGAGCCCAUGGCCUAGGUGCCCAUCUAUCUCCACUUCUCUGUCUCCAAAAGGCUUAGAGUUGACCUAGCUGAGGGAGAGAGCCUCAGGUUUGGCUUAGUGCACUCAAAAAUCGCCAAUCUCUGAGUUGGAGAAGACCAGUGAAAGUAUGAAGUUGACAAAUAGAGGGUCACAGGAAGCAGAGAGGCACACCGAACUUCAUUGAUGAGCUACUGUAUUUUAGUAUUUGUUCUAGGCAAGAAAGGAAGAAAAAUCACACAAUGUGAACUGAACGGAAGACCAGUGCUCUCAGUAGGGUAUAAGAGGGGAAAAUCUCAUGAAAAAAAUUGGUUCAAGGUUUUACAAACACUAACAAACAUGGCUAUAAAAGCACGUUUCAUAAUACAAAAGCCUACAUCGAGGGUAGAAAUUUUUAUAGCUUCCUUAAGUGAGUAGUUAAACCAGCAGUCUGAACUCUCUUAGUCCCCUAAGAGUGGUUAAUUAAAUAAGUAUUUUCCUUAUCCAUUGCCCACAUCUGUGGUUUUUUUUCUCUAUGCACCCUAGAAAAACUCCCAGGACUAGACUUCGGAGGACUCAAGCAAGUUACAUGGUAAAAUCAGAGUGCCUUUUCUGUUGGGUUCCCAGGGCAUACAAUGUUUAGAAACUUUUUUCUCUAAACAUAAGAAUUAUUGUGCACCACAAUCUUGAACCAACGAUUUCCAUAUCUUAAGCAGCCCUCAACUUGGCAAUUCCCUCUGGGUCUCCUUUAUAUUUUCUUAUAAUGUUUCUUUCUGUGUUGGGUUGUCGUCAAAAAAAGAGUUAGGGGGCAUGAUUUCUUUUUAAAUUGAUAGAAAUGAAACUGUACAGAUUUUUGCCCCCUUGUAUCUGUGAGCAUGAUCUCUAUUGGGCUUGAAAAUCUGCUUUAUCAUUUUGUAUAUCUGACUAUUUUGUAUUCAGCAUUACUUGAUUCCUUAUGUGCAUGGCAAUGUAUUAAAAUGUGGGAUUUCUA